GGAAUUCCUGCUUUUAAUCUGAGUGUACUGUGAUGCUUGAACAUUUGAUUUUUCUUACUUAAAUUCUCACUUGCUCAAUAUUUUUAUUUUCCUAAAAUGAGCUCAAGCGGUAUGAUUAAUACUAUGCAUAAUGCAUUUGGCUGAUCUGUUUGACAUAACAGAUAUUGAUAACUUCUCUCAUUCAAUGGCCUUUCGAUACAGAUCCCGUUCUCUUCACGGACUACUAUGGCGGUUGCUAGCAGCCCAUCACGUUUCGCGACUGCAGGGAAACAAGGGCUCCCUUCAAACGCGCCCUCAGUUUCCAUAUCAGCAACAAAUUACAUCUCAUCCACUCCUUCUCCAGCUGCAGUUGCAUCAGGUGGUGGCACACCAGCAUUUGGGGAUGCCUAGCUCCUAAAUCUUGAACUAGGAGGGAGGCAUCCUGCACCUCCUUUUGUGUUUUAGGUAUAUCUCUAUUGGUACAAACCAAAUCCAAACAAUCCUUCAGAUAUUUCAAGGUAAAUAUGACACCUUACCAUCACAUCUACUAUACUUCUUGAUGUAAGAUACUGAUGGUGUAAUGUUGGGUUUUGUAACUAAAGUUGUAACAAGUUAUCAUUUCAAGUUCAAAGUUCUUGUGACAGAUACUUGUGCAUUCAAAGGAGUGUAAGUGCUUGUUUCUCUUAUGCGUCUAUUUGUUUUUUGCUACUGUGCUUUAAGUCUCUCGUCUUGUGGCCCUUGUAAAUGGGUGUAUUA